AUGCCAAGCUGGCACAUGCUCAACAUUGACGACCGAGAAAAGGCAGAUGGCGUUCGGGGCAAAUUCCCGGAGUUCAUCUUCGAUGGACAUGACUGGAUAGUCAAGCUUCUCGCCCAACCUAAACUGCCAAGCGCAGACUCUCCCGAGGCUGUACCCAAGUACUAUACUGAGGCUCUCAACGACAAGUGGCAUGAACUUGGCGCUCUCUCGGUAUUGCUUCCCGAGCUCAUCGCCAUCAUCUUCUCGCAUGUCGAGUAUAUGGACGAUGCCGCAUGUCUUGCGGUCACUCAUCGUCUACUUGGCUACGAGGGCUUUCGAAGGGCCGUCGAACUGCGCCGAUGGGAGUGGUAUUACCUGGGUCGCUGGAGAUACGCUCGCAUCAUCACCCUUGGCUCCGGAGUCAAGACCUUACCGAAGGGGCUGUUAGACGAAACCGAACAAGAAGAGAUGAAAAGGGAUGCUAGCUCAUACGGUCUUUUCUACGACAUGGACAAACGAUCGAGAUGGGCCGCGCCGUUCGACAUGGCAUGGCACUAUCGGGAUUGGCAAUUGAAGCCUGCCCUGGCCCGCAUAUCGCACCUUCGUAGUGACGAACUACGCAUACGUCUCCUCAUUCAAGACACAUCUCCAACAUACGCGCCUCAGAGUACUUGGGCUCUGUGUAACUUCGACACCAGGGAAUACAUACGCGCGGGUGCCAUCGCCAAUAUGAAGAUACCUGGUUCAGAGGGUCGUAUGCUGCAAGUUGGUAGCGUUGCCGAUGGGCCUUUCAUCAGAGGCAAAAGGAAAGUCGUAGAUCUUGGGACCGUUGCUAUCAUCCUGACCGCCUGGCCAUGUUAUCAAAGCGGCGGUCAGUGGGCCGGUCACCGUUUGGAGAUCUGCAGGGUUCGGACGCUCUCUCGGAAGAACUGGAAAGACGUAUCUCGGUGGGCCGUUGGCUUGAUCGAGGAUUGGGCGAGGGGGAUGGAUGCGCAUCUCUUGUACUAUUAG